GAAAAGGAUCAUGAACACUCUCCGGAUCUCAUUCUCGUCGUUUCCACUGUUGAAGACACUCCCCAAUUCUUCCUCGUUGAAACCGGCCCAAAUCGCCGCAAAUUCUGCUCACCGUCGAAUCUUUGUCAUGAAUUCUAGCUCGAAGCUUGAUUCUAGGUCGUCUUCGUCGUCGAUAUGUCAAGUUCCGGGGCUAGAAUCGGAGGAGAUGGACAGGAUUGCGGAACAAAUGUUCCGGCGGUAUGCGUCUCCUUCUUCUUCGAGUGUUAAGAGAGGAAAAGGAGUGGCCAUUGUAUGGUUCAGAAAUGACCUCCGUGUGCUGGACAAUGAGGCCCUGUAUAAGGCCUGGAUUUCGUCAGAGGCUGUGUUGCCGGUGUAUUGCGUUGAUCCGAGACUUUUUGGUUCUACCUGCUACUUUGGAUUUCCUAAAACUGGAGCAUUGAGAGCUCAAUUUAUUGUUGAAUGCUUGGCUGAUUUGAAAAGGAAUUUAAUAAACCGAGGUCUUAACUUGCUUAUUCAACAUGGGAAGCCUGAAGAAAUUCUCCCUUCUCUUGCUAAAGCUCUUGGUGCCCACACAGUCUAUGCUCAAAUGGAAACUUGUAGUGAGGAACUAUACGUUGAAAGAAUGGUAAGCAAAGGACUCAAAACAGUGGUGCUAUCACCAACCUCAGAGAAGUCUGCCAAGCCAAGCUCUGCUAAAAGCCUUACUUUGCAACUUGUUUGGGGCACCACGAUGUACCACAUAGAUGACCUUCCAUUUGAUACCAACAGUUUGCCUGAUGUCUACACUCAAUUUCGUAAAGUACCGUAUAUUCUCUAUAUAGUUUUAGGUUCGUUAUNCGACGACGGAUUUCACCAAUCUCGAAUCGAACUGAGUUCCUCUCACGGCGGAUCCGAACGCGAUCUCGCCUUGACCAAUCUGCGUAACCUUAAUGAAACCUUGCUGAUUCCUGGCAGCGCCGCUUGCCUGAAACAGAGUGGUGAGAACGGUAGUAUUAUCGGAAGACAAUCUAGCAAGCUUCUGAGCAUCGUAGUAAUCGAGAAUAACAUGAACGCUCAAGAUCCUUCUCAGGACGUCCAAUGGCUUUCCAGAUAG